AUGACGUCGACUGCGAGCCCUCCGAAUACCCAGGCGCCGAACUCCUCCGCUGCGACUUCUGCCCCCUCGUAUGCCUCUGCUGUUGGGGCAUCCAAGAAGCCAGUCUCGACGCCCGUGGUUGCCACAGGCGCCGCGACCUCAACACCUGUAGUGGUCGGCGGUCCUUCCGCGCAACAUGCCAAGUCGUCCGGCCCUUCUCCCGUGAAUGGACGCCCACCUAUUACUCCUGCCGUACCUGCAGCCCCCGGUUCUAACAACAUGAACGGUGCCGGAAAUCACAGCCGCAAAACCUCCGUUACCAUAAGCGCCAACGGACCCAACAGCUUCGUGGGCAACGGCGGCCCCGUCGGAGGAGCCCCCAAGUCGAACAUCCAGUUUGGCUUCAAGGAUUCUCCAGCCAUCUCGCACAGCACCCCCCAGAUGACUUCGGCGCCCGUCCCUAUUCCCGGAAGCAAUCAGCAGAGAAUCCCUUCUCCGUCUCACUCUCCUUCUCCGAUCCCCCAGCCAUCUGCCAGUGGUGGACGACCUCCCUCCGGCAUGGCCCCACAAAACGCCCAGAUGACUUUUGGCAGUCUCGGUAGCGAUGGCGAUCGCCACAUGAGACAGGGCUCUAUUCCACAGAACCCUGCCGCUCUUGGGUCUCAAUCCCACAUCCGGCGCGAAUCGGCCGUGUCCCAGCACAGUGACGUGGGCGGCGGUCCUGGUUCAGGUGCCAACCGCCCCAACUUCAACCCCCAAGGUGGUCGUGGUCGUGGUGGCCACCCUUUUAACCCGCAGCACCCUCCUUUCAACCCGAACGCCGGUUUCCCCCCCAACUACAACAACGGUCCCCCGGGACGGGGCCGCGGUGGCAUGCCUCCGUCAUUCCAUCCCUCCCGCCCCAUGGGAUACCCCAACUCUCCGCAACCGACACGGAGCCCUGCGCUAGCCCAUUCUCAACCCGGUACACCGAACAUGCCUCCUGCACAAAUGCAUGCGAUUGCGGGCGCCCCCCCUUACCAUUAUCCGGCACCUGGAAUGCCGCCUCAUCAAUUUGCUUACCCCGCCACUGGUGGACAGUAUGAUCCCAUGCACAGACAGGCCCCUUACUAUAUGCCCCAGACGUAUAUGUCCCAGGGCCCUGGUGGCUCCCCAGCCAUGGCUUACCAGCAGGCCUUCGUCCCCCCGCCUUACCACACCCCGGCUCCAGCAAGCAUGUCUCGCACGUCGUCGCACUCGGAACGCCCGCCGUCGAGCACUGGUCAACCGAACCAUCCCGUCAUCGUCUCUAGCACACAAACCCCGAAUGCCCAACCCAAGGCCCCGGUUGCCAGCUCCUCUGCCGCUUCAAAUACCAAGAAGAAGUCGGCGGCCGUGCUGAUCAAGAACCCCCAAGGCGAGAUUGUGGAUGUGUCCGCCAUGAAGGCGCGCGCAUCGCCAUCCCCCAAUAUUCAGCAGUCCAAGACGCCUCCCGUCGUAGCUUCGACGCCUCCGCCCCAAAGGUCAACGGCAUCUGUCCCAGGUAACCAGCCGCCCCCGAAGAAGCCCGAGGAUAUUCAGGCAGAGCUGCGGGAGAAGAUCAAGCUCGCUACUUCUGGUGAAAACAAGGCGAAGGGCAACGAAGCGGCAAAGGCGCAGGCGCCUGAGGAGCCAACUGAGAAGAAGUCGGUCGAUACGAAGCCGCUACCCGAGGCCGAGGCGGAGGCCGUUGAACCUACCCAGAAGCCGGAUAUCGAGCAGUCUAAGAAGGAUUCCCCCGUCGAGACCAAGGCAACAGAGGCCAAGGUCGAUGGUAGCGUCGCUGUGGACGCCAAUACCGAUGAUGUUAAGCCCGGUGACACGAACUCUGACGUCAAGACGGACGAGUCUAAGGAGGCGGCUGAGAAGACCGGAGAGCCUGCCGCCAAGCCCAUCGACGAAGAAGACGAAAUAGAGCGUAUGAUCCGUGAAAUGGAAGAGGAAGACGCCCGCCGCGAGAAGGAGACGGCUGAAUACGAAACCAAAAGGAAGGCCGACCUGGAAGAGAAGAAGAAGCUGUCCCCCGAGGAGGAGGAUCGCAAGCUCAAAGACGCCGAACGGGAAGCCGAACGUCUCGAGGAGGAAAAGGAAAGGAAGCGUGCUGCGCAGCAAGCUUCCGGCGAGCAAGCAUCGGUCGCCGAGCUCCUCGCGAAGCGCACGGCCACAGGCUCGGCUACGGCGAAGGAAGACAGCUCGUCAAAGGUGGCUGACGUCGCCGAGAAGCUGUCGAGCCUUUCUCUUGGAGGCGAAGGCAAAUUGGCUAAGCCUGCGGCGGCGGAGAAACGGGUGACGAAGCCGCCCGCUCUCAACCUUGCCCCAAUCACGACCAAGCCAGUUGAGCCCCCCCAGCCCAGUGCCGCUCUCCAGUCUCUCAAGUCCGCCCGCUUCCUGUCUGUGAUGGAACAGAACAUCUACCCUCCCGGCAUCAGCUCGCCUAACCCCGCCGUCAAUGCUGCCGUCGCUAAGAAGGGCAAGACCUUCAAGUACGACGCCCAGUUCCUGCUUCAGUUCCAGAAGGUGUUCACCGAACAGCCUUCGGUGGAAUUCCUCCAGCAAGUCAAGAGCCUGAUUGGUGAUACUGAUGGUUCUCGAUCGGCGACCCCACGUCCCGGCUCAAGCCGCCAGCCUUCUCGCGUUGGCUCGUUUGCUCCUAGCCAACCGCAGAAUAUGGGCAGUUUCAACGCCAGGGGCACAACGUCCGCCGAAAGAUUUGCUCGGUCGAACACCGGCAGCAUGGGAGGUGCCAUGCCUCCUCCGAUGGGCACUUUCGGUCGGACGGGAAGUUUCCCCGUGGGGGCUCCCAUGUCCCGCAAUCCCUCCACCUCGAACGCGGGCCAGCCGCACUCACCUCGCACUGGCAGCCGCCGAGGAAACAACAGCAGGAGGAACGAUCUCGGUGCCAAGGAGUCGCAGGCUGCUAAGACCAUGCCUCUUACGCAGGGCAUCGAUGUCAAGCCGAUCGCAAUCUCCUCGACUGGAUGGAAGCCCACCAGCAUUGGCAACAGAGGCCCCCCUGCUGCGGCGGCCAGUGGCCAUAUGGAUCCCGAGAUGGUCCAGCGCAAGGUGAAGGCAGCCUUGAACAAGAUGACGCCCGAGAAGUUCGAGAAGAUUGCGGAUCAGAUCUUCGAAAUCGCCUCUCAAUCCAAGAACGAAUCGGACGGCCGGACGCUUCGCCAAGUUAUCCAGCUUACCUUCGAGAAGGCUACCGACGAGGCGCACUGGGCCUCGAUGUACGCUAAAUUCUGUAAGCGUAUGCUGGACACCAUGAGCCCGGACAUUCGGGACGAGAAUCUCAAGGACAAGGCUGGCGAGGUCAUCUGCGGAGGCGCGCUUUUCCGCAAGUAUCUCCUGAACCGCUGCCAGGAGGAGUUCGAGCGUGGCUGGAAGAUGAAUCUGCCCCAGAAACCCGAGGAGGAUGAGAAGAACACCUCUGUCGAGGCGGCCAUGCUUUCUGACGAGUACUACAUCGCCGCGGCGGCCAAGCGACGUGGCCUGGGUCUGGUCCAGUUCAUUGGCGAGUUGUACAAGCUGGGCAUGCUCACGGAGCGCAUCAUGCACGCCUGUGUUCAGAAGCUGGUUGAUUACGACGGCACACCCGAAGAUGCCGAGAUCGAAUCGCUGUGCAAGCUGCUCCGUACCAUCGGCGCCAACCUUGACGCGAGCCCCAAGGCCAAGAGCGCCAUGGAUGCCUACUUUGAUCGUAUCCAGAACAUGAUGAACCUGCCCGAUCUUGCCAGCCGGCACAAGUUCAUGUUGAUGGAUAUCAUCGACCUGCGUAAGAAGAACUGGCAGACCAAGGAGGCCAACAAGGGCCCCAAGACACUCGAGGAAGUUCGUGCAGAGGCCGAGGCUCAAGCGGCUCUGAAGGCACAGGAGUCCGCCCGCGGUAACCAAAGAGGACCUGGCGGGCGCCCACACAUGGGGCGUGGUGAUUCUCGUGGCUUCGGCGGUUAUAACCAGCAGACGUCCAACCAAGUUGGCAUGGACGACCUGAGGCGUCUCAAGGGUUCAACCAGCCGAGCUGCCAGCGGCAACAUCAGUCUUGGACCGACGUCAAUGUUCUCGUCUCGUAGCAACAGCGGGCGACGACUAGGACCUGGCGGCUCACUGGGCCGCGCUGGCGAGGAUUCGAACGCCUCUUCUCGGACCGGGACACCUCCCACUACCCACACGAAUGCAUUCAGCGCCUUGGCCAAUCUGGACACUGAGCACCCGGCUUCCCCUCCGUCGACGGCAGCCUCCCCAGCACUGUCUAAGGCUGUUCCUGACAGUUCCGGCGCCGGAGAGAGUAAAUGA